UCAACCUUUUCGGUUCACAGGAGCCACCAAACUGUUAAGUGUGUCCGACGGUUCCCUUUCCAAAUCUAAGAUGGCCUCAUCUCCCUACCGAGAUCGAACGUUCGAGUUCCGAUCACUUACCGAAACUCUGAAAAAGAUCGGAGGAAUCUCAGCCAUUAAUCAUGCAGAAAAUUGUCCGCAUCCACCUGAAGCUUCCGUACAUGCAUCGUCUUCUAGAUCCGAAUUCAAUAAGAAGGCAUCGCUGAUCGGGUUGGGGAUCCAUGAAGCCUCACAGAAAAUCGCCAAGCUUGCUCAGUUGGCGAAAAGAUCAUCAAUGUUUGAUGACCCGCUUGUAGAAAUACAGGAGCUAACUGUAUUGAUAAAGAACGACAUUACAACGCUCAAUGUAGCUCUCACAGAUUUGCAAACUAUUCAAAACAUGGAGAUAGCUGAUGGCAAUUACUCUCAGGACAAAGUUGUUCACUCCACAGCUGUUUGUGAUGACUUAAAGAGUAAACUUAUGGGGGCUACGAAAAAGCUUCAAGAUGUGUUGACUGCUAGAACAGAAAAUAUAAAGGCUCACGAGAAUAGAAGGCAGAUAUUUUCCACUAAUGCAUCUAGAGAAAAUCCUUUCAAAAAUCAAGCAAAAAAUUUGAAUGAACCACUCCCUUGGUCAAGUUCCUCCAAUGCACGUGGCAGUUCCCAACCAUCACUUCUACCAUCUAAUGGAGCUCAAGCUAGCAACCAACUAAGACGAAGAUUAGCUGUGGACAACCCUCCAUCCCAGCAAAUGGAAAUGUCCAUGUUACAGCAGGUAGUUCCACGGCAAGAGAAUCAUGUGCAAAGCAGGGCGGUUGCUCUUCACAAUGUGGAAUCUACAAUUACAGAACUUAGUGGGAUCUUUACACAUUUGGCUACUAUGGUUGCUCAGCAAGGGGAACUAGCUAUCAGGAUUGAUGAUAACAUGGACGAAUCAUUGACCAAUGUCGAAGGUGCUCGAAGUGCUCUUUUGAGGCAUCUCAACCAAAUAUCAUCAAAUAGGUGGCUUCUAAUCAAAAUAUUUGCAGUACUAAUCUUUUUCUUGAUUGUAUUCAUUAUCUUCGUGGCUUAAACUUCAAUAGUGGAACCGAGCAAUAGAAGUUCUUGCUCCGUAUCAUUUUCACUUGUUAUUGUUUGUUAGGUAUAGGAAUAGGAUACCCCGUUAUAAGGAGUGAUUUGGGCUCCCUUGUUCUGUAGAUUCAAUGGCCAUUCUUGUUGUCUUUUUUUUUUUUUAACCACAACUUGUAGAAGCUACAGCAAAGUAAGAGAAUAAAUCUUAAAUGUUAUACAUAUAUGGAUAUAGAUUAUUGCUUGUAUCGCAUAUACACAAAACAAUAUACUGUUGUUGGAUUGUCUCUAUGCAAUUUGAAAUUCUUUA